UUUAAAGUCCUCUGGACUCUAAAGUACAAGGAGUUAUUGAAGGGAAAAAAGUGCUGUCAUAUAAAGGUACAAAAGGUUGAAAGGGGGAAGGAAGGGUGGAUUACUGAAUGUUACAGCAAAUUCCACUGAAGUUGUUCAACUGGAAACCAUCGCCAGUCAAUCAUGUCAGGACGACUUCAUGCACACAGAACGGAGAGUGUGGACAAAAACGUGUGGGUUGAAUUCACACAACUGGCAGCAGACUACAAGGCAGUGAACCUCGGACAAGGAUUUCCUGACUUCUCCCCUCCCAAAUUUGUCCGGGAGGCUUUUUGUGAAGCUGUGAGCGGAGGACACCAGAUGCACCAGUAUACUCGAGAUUUUGGCCAUCUUCCUCUUGUAACAAGUCUGGCUAAAUUCUUCAGUAGGAUUGUGGGACAUGAGAUUGAUCCUCUUGAAGAUGUCCUGGUCACAGUUGGAGCUUAUCAGGCUCUCUAUUGUGCAUUUCAGGCUCUCAUUGAUGAAGGGGAUGAGGUCAUAAUUAUCGAGCCGUUCUUCGACUGCUACCAGCCAAUGGUGAAGAUGGCCGGAGGAAAGGCAGUGUAUGUACCUCUGAGGCCGAAAGUUGACGGAAGCUCCGUCCUGUCAAGCGGAGACUGGCUUCUUUCUGCCGAGGAGCUAGCCAGUAAAUUCACUCCACGCACAAAAGCCGUCGUUAUCAACACUCCCAACAACCCACUGGGCAAGGUUUACAAGACCGAAGAGCUCCAAAUGAUUGCGGAUCUGUGCAUCAAACAUGAUGUGGUGUGCAUCAGUGACGAGGUGUACGAGUGGCUGGUUUAUGAUGGAAACAAGCAUGUAAAGAUAGCCAGCCUUCCUGGCAUGUGGGAACGAACCAUCACCAUUGGCAGUGCAGGAAAGACCUUCAGUGCUACUGGCUGGAAGGUUGGCUGGGCUAUUAGCUCUGAGGAAAUCAUCAAACGUUUGAAAUACAUCCAUCAGAUGUCCGUUUUUGAUUGUGCAACCGCUGCUCAGGAGGCAGUAGCUCGUGGAUUUGAGAGAGAAUACGAGCUGUUUGGGACUCCAGAGAGCUACUUCCAGCAGCUGCCUGCAAUGCUGCACCAGAAGAGGAAGAAGUUGGCCUCGUGUCUGGAGAGUGUAGGUCUGAAGCCCAUCAUGCCGGAGGGAGGAUAUUUUAUGAUCGCAGACGUCUCCUCUGUCAAGGUGGACGUAAAUGACUCCAUGACCACUGAGGAUGAGCCUUAUGACUUCAGAUUUGUGAAAUGGCUAAUUAAAGAGAAGGGUUUAGCAACAAUCCCCGUCUCAGCUUUCUACAGCCCAGAGCACAGAAAGGACUUUGACAAAUACAUCCGAUUCUGUUUCGUCAAGGAGGACUCCACUCUGGAUGCAGCUGAGGACAUCUUGAGAAAAUUUAGUAAAAUUGAAAGACAGUAAAAUUUUCCACAGUGUGGGGCACACAGUCACGCAUUACUCGUCCAUCUGUGCAAUUAUUAUUAUUAAGCAAGCAAAAAAAACUGUACAACAUAUUUCUCAGUAACUGCAGAGACAUUUGCCUUGUAUCCAACAGGUUGAAUAAAGCUUUGAAUAAAUC